GACCUCUCCAUCGACGCGGAGACGAUCCAGCUCGGCGAACGCAUCGGCAUCGGAUCCUACGGCGAGGUGCACCGAGGUCUCUGGCGCGGCUGCGAGGUGGCCGUGAAGCGCUUCCUGGACCAGGACUUCUCCUCCGCGCUCAUGCAAGAGUUCACCGCGGAGGUGGACUUGAUGCGACGGUUGAGGCACCCAAACGUCGUCCUUUUGAUGGGCGCGGUGACCACGACGCCCAACCUGAGCAUCGUCACGGAGUACCUACACCGAGGGUCUCUGUACAAACUUCUUCACAAGCCGCAGCCGCCGGCGAUCAAAGCCGCGCUGAGCGAACAACGCCGGAUGCGGAUGGCGCUCGACGUCGCGAAAGGGAUGCACUACCUGCACAGCUGCACGCCGAUCAUCGUGCAUCGGGAUCUCAAGUCGCCGAACCUGCUCGUCGACAAGCACUGGAGCGUCAAGGUGUGCGAUUUCGGCUUGUCGCGGAUGAAGAACCAGACGUUUCUCAGCAGCAAGAGCAACGCGGGAACCCCGGAGUGGAUGGCGCCGGAGGUGCUGAGGAACGAGCCGAGCGACGAGAAGUCGGACGUGUUCUCGUUCGGGGUCAUAUUCUGGGAGUUGUGCACGCUGCAGGAGCCGUGGAACGGAUUAAAUCCGAUGCAGGUGGUGGGCGCUGUGGGGUUUUGCGGGAACAGGCUCGCGAUUCCAGAGGCGGAGUCGGAGGAGGCGCGCGGGAUCUGCGAGGACUGCUGGAGAGGGAAAGCGCGCGAGCGGCCGUCGUUUCUGGAGAUUCAGAAGCGGCUGCGGCCGCUGCAAGGGCCGAUCGGAGGGGCG